AUGGCAGAGACUGGUCUGUUAGAGGCUGGGGCCUCUGCGGCCUCCACAGCUGCAGCUCUGGAGAACUUACAGGUGGAGGCAAGCUGCUCUGUGUGUCUCGAGUACCUGAAGGAGCCUGUCAUCAUUGAGUGUGGGCACAACUUCUGCAAAGCCUGCAUCACGCGCUGGUGGGAGGACCUAGAGAGGGACUUCCCUUGUCCUGUGUGUCGAAAGACAUCCCGCUACCGCAGUCUCCGGCCUAAUCGGCAACUAGGCAGCAUGGUAGAAAUUGCCAAGCAGCUUCAGGCCGUCAAGAGGAAGAUCCGGGAUGAGAGCCUAUGCCCCCAGCACCACGAGGCCCUCAAUCUCUUCUGCUAUGAGGACCAAGAGCCUGUAUGUUUGAUAUGUGCAAUUUCCCAUACCCACCGGGUCCACACCGUCGUACCGCUGGAUGACGCCACACAGGAGUACAAGGAAAAGCUGCAGAAGUGCCUGGACCCCCUGGAGCAGAAGCUGCAGGAUAUCACCCGCUGCAAGUCUUCUGAGGAGAAAAAGCCGGGGGAGCUCAAGAGACUGGUAGAGAAACGCCGACAGCAGAUCUUAAGGGAGUUUGAGGAGCUUCACAGGCGGCUGGAUGAAGAACAGCAGAUACUGCUUUCACGACUGGAGGAGGAGGAACAGGACAUUCUGCAGCGACUCCGAGAAAAUGCUGCUCACCUCGGGGACAAACGCCGGGACCUGGCCCACUUGGCUGCAGAGGUGGAGGGCAAGUGCUUACAGUCGGGCUUCGAGAUGCUUAAGGAUGUCAAAAGUACCCUGGAAAAAUGUGAGAAAGUGAAGACCAUGGAGGUGACUUCCGUGUCCAUACAGCUGGAGAAGAACUUCAGCAAUUUCCCCCGGCAAUACUUUGCCCUGAGGAAGAUCCUUAAACAGCUCAUUGCGGACGUGACCCUGGACCCUGAGACCGCUCAUCCUAACCUAGUCCUGUCAGAAGAUCGUAAGAGUGUCAAGUUCGUGGAGACAAGACUCCGAGAUCUCCCUGACACACCACGGCGUUUCACCUUCUAUCCUUGCGUCCUGGCUACUGAGGGUUUUACCUCAGGUCGACACUACUGGGAGGUGGAGGUGGGCGACAAGACCCACUGGGCAGUAGGUGUGUGCCAGGACUCCGUGAGCCGAAAAGGCGAACUGACUCCACUUCCUGAGACUGGCUACUGGCGGGUGCGGCUGUGGAAUGGGGACAAAUACGCGGCCACCACCACGCCUUUUACCCCUUUGCACAUCAAGGUGAAACCCAAGCGAGUGGGGAUAUUCCUAGACUAUGAGGCUGGCACGCUGUCUUUCUACAAUGUCACAGACCGCUCCCAUAUCUAUACCUUCACUGACACAUUUACUGAGAAACUUUGGCCUCUGUUCUACCCAGGCAUCCGGGCUGGUCGGAAGAAUGCUGCACCACUUACCAUUAGGCCCCCAACAGAUUGGGAGUGA